UUCUCUCUCUCUCACUCUCUCUCUCUCACACACACACAUAUGGGUAUCAUUCCCCAGCUCUGCUUUGACAUCCAACCCUUUUGCUCUGAAGAUGGCGAUGUUGUUCGUCCUCUAUGAGCCCUCGCUCUCUGCCCUCCGCCGUGACAUGAUGCUCUCAUGAUUGAUCCCCAGUCGACAGCAGGCAACAUAAAUUUCGUCGCUCAUCGUUGUCUCGUCAUUAAUCAUCCAUCGAGCCUUCCAAGUGUUUUUUUUUCGUUUCUCUUUCUUCCUCCCGGAAAGUACAAUCUCCCUAUAGACGGCAACAUCGCAUAGCCUACCUCGACCGCCUACGUUUGAUUUCAUGUCUGUGCACACCGCGCCCUCGGGCUAUACUUCAGCUCGACAGCCUACGUUUUACUUUCCCUUCUGCUCGUGGGAAGAUUCCGUGAUGAACUGCAGUCCGGAUCGAUUGGAGUGUGGUCUGGACGCGAGAAUCCAUGCGAUGCCCCCCGGAAAGCGCCGGUGGUGGUGGCGGCGGCGCCAGCGCGCCUGGACCGCCCGCCGCUCGGGAUCGAUCCGCCCGAAAGUCACUCCAGGUGUGUGCGCCCUUUUCUCCGUCUGUUUCGUUUCGUGUUUCUUUGUUUUUUCGCAGUCUUCUGGAGGAAUUCGGAAUUUGGGGCACGCGCUCUGCACAGGUCUGGUAACUUGCUCGGUCGCUACGGCGCCGUGUGAUCUGCCUACGUCCUGCGUGCCGUGAGGUCGUUUGCGAAAGAUGGAUACUCCCGGGCGCACAAGGGGAAAUGCACUGGUGAAAAAGAAAAAAAGGUCGGGCGUUUCGAUGGCCAGGCGAUGAGGGCAAAGGGCAGAGGGCACGAUCGUCUCAUCGAUUCGGCGAUUUUCCCGCUGUGCAGCACAGAAUCAAUCUGGGUCCCGUCGAUCGAACAGAAUCUGGAAUCUGGAAUCUGGAACCCAUCGGCUGUCACGGUCGGCU